CUAUCUAUAUAUGGACUCAAAAACUUCUUCUCUAACUCAACAAAUCCACUAGAUUUUUGAUAAUUAAGGAAAAUGCGUUCUUUGCAGUUUUGUUGUUUUCUUCUCAUCAUUGGUUGUUUGGUUUCACAGAUUUAUGCAUCUUCCUACGCUGCUAUUUUGUACGACAAGUUCUUCUUUGAGGGGAGUCAAAUCGUGUCUGAGAAGGGAGAUCAUUCUGGAAGCAGAAGUGAUAUCAAGGAAACAAAACAACUAACAAGACAAAAUAGUGGUGAUAUUCUUGCACAAACGUAUUGCUGCUAUGAAGAUUGGGGCGCUGAAACGUGUUGGAAGACAGACUUUAUGUGUAAUAUGCACUGCGACAAUUGGUGUAAGGAGGAAUGAAUGCUACUAUGCUAGGUUGGCGAGAUGCCAACAACAAUAAAAGAGUAACGUAGAAUAAACUGUUGUUUUAUCUGUAAUAGGUCUUUUGGUUUUGGGUCAGUUUUAAUAAUGGGCUUUAGCCCACGUUGAGACUAGCAUGAGUUGUUUAAGCCCGUGUACGUGUUGUUUUGAUUAAGUCGAGUAGGUGUUAUUAUCUUUAAUGCAAGCUAAUUCCACCCGUUAUGUUUAGUGUGUUAA